AUGGACGAUAUCGCACAUUCAAAACCCGGUACGGAGGCUGUUGAAUACGUCAAGCCGGGUCCGCUGCAGCAACUGCCUCUUCCAGUGGAGUUGGCGUCUUUGGGGAGCGAUGAGAUUGAGCAGCUUGAGAAGGGGCUAGUUCGCCGAUUGGAUACCUGUUUACUUCCAUCCGUGGUGAUUCUUUUCUUGAUGAAUAUUCUCGAUCGAAACAAUAUUGCGAAUGCAAAAAUUGCCGGACUACCCGAUACACUCGAUAUCACUAACACUCAAUAUAAUACCUGCCUCAUGAUAUUCUACGUUGGAUACAUUCUCACUCAGCUUCCCUCGAAUCUGAUCAUCACAAAGGUCAAGCCCUCCAUCUAUAUCGGCACCGUCACUGCAGCCUGGGGAAUAGUAUCCAUGUGCCAGGCAUUCACCCGCAACUUUGCAGGCCUAUUCGUGUCUCGUUUUGUCCUGGGAUUGGUAGAAGGACCUUUCCUACCGGGAGUUUUCUUCCUCAUGUCCUGCUGGUACAAGCGGUCUGAACUACCCCCGCGCAUCGCCCUUCUAUAUGGAGCGAAUAUGCUGGCUAGUGCUUUUGGUGGGCUAAUAGCUGCGGGAAUUGUUGCUCGCAUGGAGGGGAAAAUGGGUAGACCGGCAUGGCAAUGGCUUUUCAUUAUUGAGGGUUCGAUGACUAUUGCAAUCGCAUUACUUGUUAUCCCUUUCAUCCCGGAUUACCCCGGUACCACCAAGCGCUGGUGGAUGGACCGCGAGUAUCAAUUGCUGGCUGACUGGCGUCUCCGUAAUGAAAAUGCCGGACUCACUGACGACGACCCUGGUUCCCUACUCUGGGGCGUCAAGCAAGCUCUCGUUGACCCGAAACUAUACAUGUUCAUCGUCCUCCAAAUGGCUCUUCUAACAGCUCAGUCAUUCAACAAUUUCUUCCCUUCAAUCGUCGGCACAUUGGGAUAUAACAAGACCAUCACUCUCUUACUAACCGCACCACCGUAUGCAUUCGCAUUUAUCUGCUCCCUGAUGAUCUCCUUCCAUGCAGCUCACAAACAAGAGCGAGGUUUACACAUCGCCAUCCCCUUACUCUUCGCAUUUCUGGGGAAUCUCCUAGCGAUGUUCGUCCCAUCCACAGGUGGUCGUUAUUUCAGCAUGUUCCUCAUGACAGCGGGUUCCUACUCACCCUAUAAUCUCUGCGUCUCCUGGCUAAGCUCAACACUCCCGCGUCCCAAAGCAAAGCGCGCAAGCGCAUUAGCUAUCGUUAAUUUAAUGGGUGCUGGCGUGGCACAUUUCUACACCUCGUACAUGUUUCCAGAUGCCCAGCAACCGAGAUACUACGCCGGCGGCGGUGUUAUGAGCGGUGCUUGUCUGGUGUGUGCGUUGAUGGCAUUGGGCAUUAAGUGGCAUUUGAAGAAGCAGAAUGCGGAGAUUGAGAGGGCUGAGAUGGAAGAUGGUGUGCUUGCUAGUAGUUCGGCUAUUACUGGGACGGCGAGAGCGGAUGGAGUUGUUUCGUUCCGAUACGUUCAUUGA